AUGCUGAAUGCCCCGACAAAACCAUGUCACAACUGCCGCCGUCGCCGCCUCCGCUGUGACCGCUCUUACCCGCACUGCCACAAGUGCACCGCGGCCGGCCAGGAGUGUCUGGGCUAUGGCAAACUCUUCCGCUGGACUGAGGGCGUCGCGAGCCGAGGGAAGCUGGCCGGAAAGUCCACCAUCACAUUCUCCUCCGGCCCGGAACCGUCACCCCGCGUGGCUGAGACCGAACCACCCGCUAUCACCACCGCCGCCGCCGCCGUCGCCGCCCCGGACAUUCGGACCCAGGACACUCCGGCGACCUUCUCCUCCGGAGACAACAACGCCCUCGUCGUUUCCGCCGCCCGUCCCGGGCCCCAGUCGGCCCCAUGGUCCCUCGUCGAUCCUCUAUUCCAGGAUGUGGAGCUUCACUACCGCCACUACCUCUCCUACUUCACCACCCGCGUCUGCAGGGAUCUCGUCUCCUGGGACGUCCCGGACCGCAACCCCUUCCGCUCCCUCGUCCCGCUGACCAGAGCCCACCCGCUACUGCAGCACAUCAUCGUCGCCGCCUCGGCCGCCCACAUGUCCAACCUGUCCCGGGCCGUGUCUUCGGAUUCCGUCGCCGACCACAACGCCCGCCAGGCCCUCACCGACGCCCUGGUCGCGAAGCACAAGGCCCUUCGUCUGCUCUCGUCCGCCAUCCAGGACAUGGGCAACAGCGGUGGCGUAGGCGGCGAUGUCGUGUUGGCUGCUGUGCUCUUCUUCGUCAACGUCGAGCUCAUCGAGAGUGGCAGGAACGGGUGGAAGCCACAUCUCGAAGGCGCUGGUCGGAUCAUGGCCUUUCUGCCGCCCGUAGGCUCGGCGGACGAGGCGUUGAGGGAUUAUGUCAUGUCCGACUGCUUCAUAUAUUACAUCUUGGCCUCGGCUUUCAACACCUCGCCGCCAACCGCCGCCAAGUCGUAUUACCAAUCCGUACAGGCGUCUUCUGUCCUUGGCAGGGCCGCCGCGAACAGCUAUCUGUGCUGUCCGCCUGACAUCCUGCAGAUCCUACUCACUGCCUCGCAGCUGUCCAAUAAUGCCGGAGACGACCCCGAAUCCACGGCUUUCGUAUCCCAGGCCGGAGCACAGCUCCUGGAACAGGCCUUGGCUUUUGACAUUGACAAGUGGGCGUACGAGCAGCGAGAACUCUCGUACCUCAAGACGAUUCCGGUCGAAAGCCGCAUCCACGCCGGCUCAGCGCAUCGCAUCGCCGCUUGCCUGUACAUCCUGCACAGCGUCCCGGCUGUUUCCAGACUCGUGUCCGUCCGUCGCGAGGAACUGGACGCCGAAAUGUUCUACCAUCUUUCUUCCAUCUCCGACGAGGACCCCAACUUCAAGGCUACGUGCUGGCCGUCUUUCAUAGCCGGCGCAGGCACAUCCGAUCCCGAGCAGCGCGCGUGGAUUCUCGAUCGCCUCAAGAGGUUGAUGGUUGCGACGCCUUGGGGGUUCAUCACAACCGCCAUGGACACUCUGCAGACCAUUUGGAGUUUGGAGGAGUCGUACGACCCAGAGACCAAAACUGAGAGGAGUUGGGUGCAGAAGCUCAAGUCAUCGGACCUGAACUUCCUUAUCGUGUGA